GGAAUGGAAUGACAUUCUGUCUCAGUUUGAUAAUGAAACAUUAAACUAACCAAAAAUAAAUUGCAAAUCUAUUCACUUAUCGCUACUUCAGUGUUCAGUUUUAACAAGUAUUUGUAGUGUAUAAAGUACAAUAUGUCAUUGUUUCGAAAGCCGAAAAAAAUUCAACGUCGUAUGUUUUGUGCUGAUGAUGACGAGGAUGGGGAACCUGAGGCGCCGCCGCCACCAGUCAUCAGUCAGGAAAAAGAAAAGGAAAAGAAAGAAGUCAAAUCAGUGAAGAGUACUACUCUAUUGAGUUUCGCUGACGAAGAGGAAGAAGGAGAAGUUUUUAAAGUGAAGAAGUCAUCUCAAAGUAAAAGACUGGCUAAGAAGAGAGAGAAAGAAAAACAGAAGAAAGAUGUGAGAACAGAUGGUGAUAGUUACAAAUAUGAGAGUAGCAUGCCGGAGGAAAAGAACAACCACACAGAGGAGAAUAGUGAGAAACCGAAACCGAAGAAGAAGGUGACGUUAGAGGGGCUGAUACUGUCCGGACGGGAGGCGCUGGCAGCAGACGGGACGGGAGACGUGUCGGACGACAGCGCGGGCGCGGACGAGGAGGCCGAGGAGGACGAAAGGGGGUUCCAUCGGUACCGCGCGGAGUCCGUGAGAGCUGCGCUGUUGGGGGCGCCGGGCCGCAUUCCUGACGCCGCGCUCAUCCACGCCGCACGCAAGACCAGACAGCAGGCUCGCGAAUUAGGCGGAGACUAUAUUCCGGUGAAGCCAUCAGAGUCGGGGCCUGGGUCAAGGCUGGUCAGAGAUGAUGGCUCUGGUGACGAUGAAGAGGAGGGCAGAAUACUUGUCAGAGGGCUCGACCUUCCUAGUGAUAAGCCCAAACGUGGCACGGCAGCGGCGUCAGAGGAAGAACUGGACAGCGAGGCUGAGGAGUGGGAGGAGCAGCAGUUACAGAAAGCGAGGCCCGUCAUCGUGGAUCUCUCUGGUGAGGGCGUUAUGGACGUGAAUCCGUUCUCUGUAGCUCUGCCUGCACCUCAGAUGUCGGCUCCAGAGCAUCUACGGCCACUCACAACGACAGACACACAACCACCAACAACGGCUAACGAACUUGUAGAUGCACUUAAGAAACGAUUGGAAGAGCUUCAAGUCGAGAGGGACGUAACGUUAAACACACAGAAAGAGUUGAAGGAGAGGUUGUUGACCUCGGCCCGGAUACGGGAGAGUCGGGCGUCGCGCUGCGGGGAACUGGACGCCGCGUACCGGCGCGCGCAGGCCAUACGCGGGUACCUCACCGACCUUAUUGAGUGCCUCGAUGAGAAAUUGCCCCAGCUGGAGGCGCUGGAGGCGCGCGCCCUGGCGCUGCACCGGCGACGCUGCGAGUUCAUCAUCGAGCGCCGCCGCGCCGACCUGCGCGACCAGGCGCAGGACGUACUCGCGCCGCCCGGUCGGGCCACAAAGGCGACGGAGAACGAAGAGAAGACGCGGCGGGCAGCGGAGCGCGAGGGGCGGAGGCGCGCGCGCCGCCUCAAGCGGGAGGCGGCCGCCGCCGCCGCCGGCGCCGCCCUGCCGCACCGCGACGGGGACUCCUCCGACGACGACCUGCCCCCCCACGAGCUGCACCACUACACGCAAGAAAGGGAGAGCAUCCGCGCGGCGUCUCGCGCGUUGUUCUGCGACGCGCUGUUCGCGUGGCGCAGCGCGCGCGGCGUGGCGCGUCGACUGGCGCGGUGGCGCGCCGGGGCGGCCGCGCUCUACGCCGACGCCUACCUGCCGCACUCGCUGCCCAAGCUGCUCGCGCCCUACGUGCGACACGAGUUAAUACUCUGGAACCCGCUCGCAGACGAAGACAAUGAAGACUACGAGAAGAUGGAUUGGUACAAAUCUCUGAUGAUGUAUGGCGUUCGGUCUGAUCGAUCAGGCCACGACUCCUCGGAGUCCGCGUCGGACGGGGAAAUAGAGCCGGUCCCCGUGACCGAGAACUCCGUCAGGGAGGACCCGGACCUCAUGCUGGUGCCUACCAUCAUCAAUAAGGUGGUGCUGCCUAAACUCACAGAGUUGGUGCGUGACGCGUGGGACCCGCUGAGCGUGCGCGCGUGCGUGCGGCUGCGCGCGCAGAUGACGCGCGCGGCGCGGCUGCCCGCCGCCACGCCCGCGCUGCGCUCGCUCGCCGCCGCCAUACGCGCGCGUCUCGCGCACUCCCUCGCCGCAGACGUCUUCCUGCCCACGCUUCCCCCCGCUAUACUGGAGGGCCCGGGCGCGGUGUUCUGGCGUCGCUGCCUGGGCGCCGGCGUCCGCCUGGUGCGCGCGACGCUGUGCCUGGCCGCGCCGCCCGCGCUGCUGCGCCCCGACCCACUCGUGCUCGCACUCAUCGACACACUAUGUACGGGCGCGGGCGCGGCGGGCGGGGCGCACAUGUCGCGCGCCGCCAGCGCCCUGAGCGCCGCCCUGCCGCGCGCCGCCGGGGGCGCCGACGACCUGCGCCGCCGCGCCCUGCGCCGCCUCGCCCAGCUGGCCGCGCUCGCGCUGCAGCGACUCGACGCCGACAACCCCAUGCAUCUGAAAGCGAUAGAACAAGCGCGAGCAGUACUCGCAGAAGCACGAGCGGUUGAAUGACACAAAGACAGUUCCAGUACAGCACACACUAGUUGGCAAGCAACUUGACAUCGCGAGGCUACGUGUUAAUAACUUUUACUCCACAAUCCAUUCUAAAAAGAAAGUCGGAAGUCCAACACUGGAAGUCAAACUCAAGAAAAUUUUGAUAUCAAAACACACCGUCAAUCUAUCAACACAUCAAUACACCAACGUGCCUAUAAAAAUCGGUCAGGUUAUUUCAAUUGGUAUGCAUCAGAAGUGGGUUCGGUUCCAAAGCCUUAUACAAAAAUGUCGGUUUGAGAAAUUAUCAUAAUUUAAUGAAAAUUAUUUAAUCCAGUGAUGUGACGAACAACAGAACAUGGUGCUACCCAAUAUUGUAAAAUAUUGGUAACCGAUAAGUAAAAAAUAUAUUUGAAAGUGUUAUUACAUAAGACCUCUUAAAAAGCUAGAUCCCUCAUAAAAUAAAAUCUGUGAAUCAGAAUGUCAAUUUAUUACAAUAUUAUCCUACUAAUAUUAUAAACGCAUAAGGUUGUAAGUAUGGAUUGCAUCCAUAUGUUCACAUGUUUUUAUGUUUAUUAUUACUUCCAUUUGCAAGAUCACAGGGUGAUUUUAUAAUAAAAAACGCAACAUUUUAUUCGGAUCGCAGUAAAAUUUUUUUAAUACAAAUAUAUAGACAGUGAAAAGUGGGAAUUUCCAACAAGUCAAAUUCAAUACGUUUAUCGAAAUGUCAAAAACGACAAUUUUCUAUAAAUCUCGUAUGAAAUAACACGCUGUAACGUCAUAAUAUUUGAAUGUCAAAUAGUAUACUUAUUUCUUUUGAAUUAAUUAUAAAAAUACGAAUAUAAAGUAAAUCGUAAAGUAAUGAAUGAAGGUAUGAUUGUUUUUCAGUAUUUUUAUAGUUUUAUACGGUGAAAUAAUUUCUUUUUUAACUGUGGAAACAAGCCAAUUAAGAUUUGUAUGUAUAUACUCGUAAAGUGUUGUGAAUACUCGAAUUAUUUGUCACACACGCGCACAUCGUAUUUGAAGUUAAUAAUUAUAACAAAGAGUUGGUUCGCUUUUUAAUUAAACCAAUGUGAUGAAUAUUUCUCGUACUGAAUUAAACCUGGAUUUGUAUGGCACGUCAUGGGAUGGAUACAUAAAGGAUCUGUUGUCCCCGCACCGAAGUUAGUUCUGAAAACCUUUACUUUGUUAAUGCGAGAUUGCUUUACGUUAGCACGAUUAUGACAUUCAACGAAAUUAAAGUCUGAUUGAUUGCUCAAGGCCUAUCAGACGUGGAACGUUGUCAAAGCAAACUCGCGUAACUUGCAUUAGACACUCUUGUCAGUCAGUAUUUGAUACAUGUUGACAAUAUACCAAACUCAAAUACUAAAAAAAAUCUAUCACAAACAACCAAUCUUACCGCACCACCUCGCACCCCCCUCCCCCUCCCCCCACCUUCAAGUUUUGUUUAUAUUAAAAUGUUGGAUUUGUGCGACCCGAUUUUUAUAUCCUACCUUAUCACAACGCGCGAUGAAAACGUUGAUUAUGAUUUAUGAACUAUUUUUAAUGCACAAAAUAUUUUACUCUAUUUACAUACCUACCACAUGUCAAUAAAAUAAAAUAAAAUCAACUGCACGGUUGGCGCAGUGGCUUGGCAACUGGCUGCCGCGCAACGUGUCGCGGAUUCGACUCUAGGUGUCUUGUGUAUGUGAAACUGUAUGUUUGUAAUCACUCACAACGUAGGAGGAAAAUUUAAUUUGCUGCAAUGUCUCGAAAAAAAAAUAGUUAUAUGAUUUUUAAAAUAAAAAAGAUCAUCAAAAAUGAUAAUAAUUAGAAUGGCAAGAGUUUUUGUGUUUUACAAUGCGCCAUAACAUACCCAAGGCGCUACAUAAUUUUGCCAUCACAAAUAAUUUCUAAUAAGAUUGGAAUAGUGAUUGCUGUCACAGCAUUUCAUUGUGAAUGAUUUAGUGUAAUUGUAUAUAAGUAACAUGAUUUAUUUGUGUGAGAUUCUUAACAAGGAUAAUAAUAAAUUAUAUGGUUUCUAUUGUGGUUUUAUA